GGGGUCUCUGCCGAGGAUGGGGACCCUCCUGGGGGCGAGAGGAGCAACCGCACGGCCUGCCCCAAGCAGCAGAUGGUGCACAAGUGUGAGCUCCUGCACGUUGCGAUUGUGUGUGCCGGGCACAACGCGAGCCGGGAUGUGGUCACCCUGGUGAAAUCCAUCCUCUUCCACAGGAAAAACCCCCUCCACUUUCACUUCAUCACGGACUCAGUGGCCCACCAGAUCCUCCAGAGGAUGUUGCCCUCCGUCCACGUCAGCUUCUACAACGCCGAUGACUUGAAGCCGGAGGUGUCGUGGAUCCCCAACAAGCACUAUUCCGGCAUCUACGGGCUGAUGAAGCUGACACUUACCAAGGCGCUGCCCUCCAACCUCUCCAAGGUCAUUGUCUUGGACACCGACAUCACCUUCGCCACUGACAUCGCUGAGCUCUGGGCUGUCUUUGGGAAGUUUUCUGACAAGCAGGUGAUCGGGCUGGUGGAGAACCAAAGCGACUGGUAUUUGGGCAACCUCUGGAAAAACCACAAACCAUGGCCGGCCCUGGGACGUGGCUUCAACACAGGGGUGAUCCUGCUCCUGCUGGACCGCCUGCGUCGCCUGGGCUGGGAGCAGAUGUGGCGGCUGACGGCGGAGCGAGAGCUCAUGAGCAUGCUCUCAACCUCGCUGGCCGAUCAGGACAUCUUUAACGCAGUGAUCAAGCAGGACCCGUCCCUGGUGUACCGGCUCCCCUGCUUCUGGAACGUGCAGCUCUCUGAUCACACCCGCUCAGAGCAGUGCUACACCGAGGUCUCAGAUCUCAAGGUGAUCCACUGGAACUCGCCCAAGAAGCUGCGGGUGAAGAACAAGCACGUGGAGUUCUUCCGCAACCUCUACCUGACCUUCCUGGAGUACGACGGGAACCUGCUGCGCAGGGAGCUCUUCGGCUGUGCCAGUCUCCCCAGCCCGCCCAGCAACCAGCUGCAGCAGGCGCUGGAGGAGUUGGAUGAGGAUGAUCCCUGCUACGAUUUCCGCCGGCAACACCUCACGCAGCACCGCGUCCACCUGUUCUUCCUGCAGUAUGAGUUCCUGGCCCUUCCCAACCCCACCGAUGUCACCCUCGUGGCCCAGCUCUCCAUGGACAGGUUACAGAUGUUGGAGGCCAUCUGCAAACACUGGGCAGGCCCCAUCAGCCUGGCGCUGUACAUGUCAGACGCAGAGGCCCAGCAGUUCCUGCGCUACGCCCAGGCCUCAGAGGUGCUGAGUGCCCGCCGCAACGUCGCCUACCACAUCGUCUACAAGGAGGGGCAGUUCUAUCCCAUCAACCUCCUGCGCAACGUGGCCUUGGCCAACACACAGACACCGUACGUCUUUCUGACGGACAUUGACUUCCUGCCUAUGUAUGGCCUCUAUGAUUACCUCAGGAACUCCAUCCAGCAGCUGGAGCUGCCCCAGAGGAAGGCAGCUCUCAUCGUGCCAGCGUUCGAGACCCUGCACUACCGCUUGACCUUCCCCAAAUCCAAAGCAGAGCUGCUCUCCAUGCUGGACAUGGGCUCCCUCUACACCUUCAGGUAGGGACUGGAGCUGCCCCACCGUCCAACAGCAGAAGCCAGUUGGGGGCCGGCCACGGUGCCAUCCCGCGUGGCGUGGCAGCCAGACUUCGAGCCUUACGUUGUAGUGAGGCGAGACUGCCCCAAGUACGACCAGAGGUUCGUGGGCUUCGGCUGGAACAAGGUGUCCCACAUCAUGGAGCUGGAUGCGCAGGUGGGUGUGGGGCUGCUCCUGGCACCGUGGAGGUGCCGGACCCACGUCCCCCUCGCCCCCAGCUUCGACAUCUCCAAGUUCCGCCUGAGCGCGGGGUACCGGGGCUGCCUCCAGACGCUGCGGGAGGAGUUCCACCAAGACCUGUCGCGGCGCUAUGGGGCUGCCGCACUCAAAUACCUCACCGCCGAGAGGAGCCUGUGA